CUUGGUGCCACAAAGCUUUUACGCCCUUUUUCAGAAAUAGUUGAUUCAUUGGGACUCAAAGAUCCUUUCAUUAGAAAUUGGGUGGAUCUUUUGUCUUUCUUACUUGCUGGAGUGAAAUCCGAUGGUGUUCUUUCAGCAGAAAUGGUACAUAAUCAUAUCAUACAUUAAAAAGUUUCUUUUAAGGUAGUUUUACUUUUUGGUAUGAUGGAAUUGAGGAAGGAAUGGAAUGGGCUAUUCCAUUACCACAUGUCCUCAUCCAUUCCAUUCCAACCAAACAGAAUCCAUUCUAUUCCUUCAUAUUUUAUAGUUCUCUAAAUGUCUAAUCUUUUGCCUGUAUAUAUAUCCAUAUAUUUGCAGAUUUAUAUGUUUGCAGAAUGGUAUAAACCAGGUUGUAGUUUAGAAUACCCUGUUGGUGGAACUGGAGCACUUGUUGAGGCUCUUGUUCUCAUAUUUUCCUUCUGAUAAACUUCCAAAAAUGUCAGAACCUUCACAACUUAUGACAGAAAAUACACGUUCUGAUCUUUAUGUUGCACUCCCUGUUCUCAGUCAAGGAAAGAAAUGGGUCUUACUAUACAGUACAUGGAGGCAUGGCAUAUCUCUUUCAACCUUAUAUAGAAGAAGCAAUCUUUGCCCUGGGUUAAGUCUACUGGUUGUUGGAGAUCGUAAAGGUGCAGUGUUUGGUGGUUUAGUUGAGGCACCUUUGAAACCAUCAACAAAGAAAAGAUACCAGGGAUUGAAUGAUACAUUUGUGUUUACAAAUACACCAGGGCGUCCUGUUAUAUAUCGCCCCACAGGGGUGAAUCGGUAUUUUACUCUUUGUUCAACUGAGUAUUUAGCGCUUGGUGGGGGAAAUCAUUUUGCAUUGUAUCUCGAUAGUGACUUAUUGAAUGGGUCAAGUUUGGCCUCAGAAACUUAUGGUAACUCUUGUUUGUCACACACCCAAGAAUUUGAAGUGAAGGAAAUUGAGCUGUGGGGGUUUGUAUAUGCUUCAGAGUAUGAAGAGGCGAUAUCAAUGUUGAGGACAGAAGCACCUGGGAUAUGUCGAUGGUUUAUACUGCCCCUGAUUCUGCCUGGUAUAAAAUGCCUAAGUCUACAAGGUGAGCUUUGUGGUUGGACAUGCUUUUACAUUGGUGUGGCUGCUGUUGCUUUUGGAUGCUCUUAUUAUCACCUCAAACCAAAUGAUGGUCACCUUGUUUGGGAUCGUUUGCCUGACAACAGAUGCAAAUGAGGAAUCUUCACGAUCACAUGCCAUUCUUCGUUCAUAAAUCUUGCAGGAAAUGAAAGAGGUGCAGAUACAACUGAUAAUGAUAAGAAAACAAGGCUUGGCCUGUGCGUACUCCAAGGCCUGUUGCUUUCAAGCUUGUUGUUGAUACCCCUCUUCUUACUGGACAGGUAAGUUUCAAAUCUUUUUGUUGUGGAUUUCUUAUAGUUUCUUUUUGUUGUGGAUUUCUUAUAGUUUACUUAGCUUCUUAAAUCAAAGAGUAUAAAGCUUUCCUAAUGUGUUAUAAUAAUUAAGAAAACGGUGUUUUUUUGAAAAAUACUGAUGGACUUUGCUAUUUUGUUGUAUGGUGUAUUACCUUGAAUAUAAUUUGUUUUUAUAGUUUUCUCUUUUUAUUUAAUUUAAAUUUGGAUAUAAGUUUGUAACACAUGGGAUUUAUGAUUGCAGCAAACAAUCUUUCUUUUCUUUCUAGACAUGAUUAAAGGCAUGUUUUUGGCUGUAGUUAUUGGACCACCUGUUGUGGUUGCCAUCAUUUUAAUAGUACAGGUAUUAUUCUAUCUUUGAGAAAUUUCAUUUGCCAUGUCAUCAAAAGCUGCCAGAUGGACUAUUAUUUUUCAUGUUUGAGUUGGUUCUCAACUUGUAGAAGAAUAACAUAAAAUAUUUUGGCAUCUGAGUGUAAAAAAUAAUAUUUGAACUCAUAAGUUCCUUAAUAAUACUUUAUUGUGUUACAUGUACUUUAUUACUUACUCAUAAUAUAUAAUUCAAUCUGAUUAUUGAUUAUAUAUUAUGAGUAAGGAGAGCAUUCUAAACAUUCUGGAAACUUUAAAAGAAGAGGGAAAUAGGGUCUUGUUCAAUGCUUUAGCUGUGUUUGCUCUAAGGGAGAUCAACUUAUCACAAGUAAGUUACUGUUUCACCCUUUUAUUUAAUAUUUUUGUGAUUGAAUGAAAGUCUUAAUGAAAGUAAUUGACAACCUUUCUCUGUAAAUGAUGUUGUGAUUGUGGGAGAGGUGUUGUGUUUUUCUCUGUUGCUAAGUAACCUUCUCAACAACAACAUUCUACUUAAGCAGGUGAGUAAUCAAGAUUAAGGGAGACUUGUAAUCAUGUUUGACAUUCAUUUCCAGUAAGAAAAAGAGUUGUAUGAUUAUUUGUUAGUUUUAUAGGAAUGUAUAACCCAUGUUAGCAAUGUUUUAUUUUUGUUUAACAUUUGAAUGAUUCUUUGUAUGACAUUACAAUUUGUGUAAUUUAUUUUAUUUUUUGAGUAUGAAAUUUUAUUUUAUAUUA